AUGUUUAGCUUCGUCAUUCCGUCCAGCGGUACAAAUCAAACCGCUACGCUCAGUGGUUCUAUUACUAUCAUCAAUCCAGGAGACCAGUGGAACAACAUUACCAUACGAUACUCGCCAAAUGCAGGAAUGUAUCCUACUGAGUUAUAUAUGUCUCCGCUUUCGUCACAUACGAUAAAAUUGAACAGCUCAGCGCUAAGUGUGUGUAAGGGAUGGGGAUUGGUCAGUUGUCCGGAUGACCGCAUAAGCAUCAGCUCGCUUCACGUUAUCUCUGUUAUGGCCAGCAGUUACUCAGCGAAUGAGGCUGGCGACAGCUUCCUCGUGAUGCCAAUUUCAAUGGCGAGUACCAGUUAUGCAGUGACGUUGCCAGAGCCCAGUGAUGACGGAUCAGUAUUUGCAUAUUUGUUGCUGGCUGGAGUUGACGAAGCUCAGGUGGAUGUC